AUGUUAGAGAUAAAUGAAUUUAUCUUUGAAAACAUUAAAGACAUUUUAAUUCAAAAAGUAAAUGAAAGGUUUAAAGCACCACUCUUGUUUAACGAAUAUGAUAAAGUAAUUGAUCCCAUUUUUCCGGCCAUGACUAAAGUCAAUGAUGUAGACGGUACUACAUACAAUAAAUUAUCUAAACGUUUUGGCAAAAAGCUUAAAAGUAAAGAGUAUUAUACAGAUUUAUGUAAAAAAUAUGGUUGGUCUUCUGUUCGAAAAACCUAA